AUGUUAGAAAAGGAUGAAGCUGACGCGGUAACCACAUCGUUGAAUUUCUCCAAAUACCACGUAAUUAAUCACAAAGACACCUACUAUAUCAACGACAAGAUUCAAGUAUUGAUCGAGGCUUACGAUUCUAAAGGGCGCCCUCAGCGUACCGGUGGUGCCUACUUCCGAGCGAAGCUGGUAUCCAAAGACAUCAAGGCCUCCUCACGAUCAGAUGGGGAAAUCAUUGAUUUCGGGAAUGGGCAAUAUCAGGCCGAGUUUGUCCUCCGAUGGCCUGGGCGUGUUGACGUGAUGGUGAUGCUGGUCGACAGUAACGAUGCUGUUUAUAUUCUUGAGCGAAUGCGUCGCGAGUUCCCGAACAGAGGAACGUACGUUGGCCAUUUCUUGAAUGGCACCAUCCUCGAAGACACAGAGUGCAAUGUAGACCAUGUUGCUAUACCUGAGAAGGAAUGCGACUACACCGACGAAGAGACAAACAUCCAUUGGUAUUGUGUGCGCCCAACCAAUCCAAACUUAAACUGCAAGCACUGGUGGAAGCAUAAUUCGAACAACACAUAUAUCUUUCAGCAGCAACCCAAAUAUAUAAGACCUGGGGAAGAUGCGCAUUUCAUUACCAACAAGAAAUAUUUGGCUUGCAACAAUUGCAGUAUAAAUGUCCUCGACAAAGGGAGGUCGAAAGGACAAAAUGAUAAAUAUGGACGUCUCCCCUGGCAGAAACAAUGGAAGACGUUACCUAAGUGCCUUCCAGGGAGUUUCAACAAGUUUGAGAACAUCACGUCUGGUUAUCUUUACAAAGACAAGUGGUUUUCUACGCGAUGUCGGAACCUUGAGUUCAGUGUCAAAAGUGCAGCUCAGUGCCUCAAGAACAAGACGAUCCUCAUACUCGGUGAUUCAACGGGAAGGCAGCUGUAUACUUAUUUACUAGCACUUCUCAAACUUCGAAAGAUCCCAUCCAUCGACUGUAUGGAGCACGCAAAAGGUGACUCGAUAAACUUUACCAUCUAUGAUAAGUUCCACGGCCUGCCAUCUAUUGGUCAUGGUGGCGGACCGAGCAGGUGCUUGAGGCAAAGUGUAGUGAAUGUCCUUGACCACAUGACCUUCACACCAGACGUUUUCAUUCUCUCGAUCACUGCUCAUUUUUCACUACACAGCCCGGACUAUUUGAGACAGAGGCUUCAGAUCAUACGCCCAGCCGUGGAAAGACUACAUAAGCGUAACCCCAAGACGCUUUUCAUCAUCAAAAGUGCAAAUACGCGAGAAUUCCAGAAUUUGUCACAUUUACUGUCAAAUAACGAAUGGUAUAUCUACACGUUGGAUAGGAUAGUGAGAGAAAUGUUCUCUGAUUAUCCCCAUGUUGUAUUGAUAGAUGCAUGGGAUAUGACCGUGGCUCAAUUCAACCCGGAUGGCGUCCAUCCAAAACGUUCAACAUUAGUCAACAUUGUAGACCUUACCUUAUCAUAUAUAUGCCCAGCGUAG